AUGAAAGCAAUGAAAGCUACUGUUUGGAGUUUCCCCAAGAUGCCGAAAAUUAAAAUUGCAAAAUCUUAUGAAGUAGCUAAAAUUACGGCAAUAUUAACACUCGUAGGAUUUAUAAUGGGUCUUGAGGUGCCGUCAUUGGCAACUUUUCUCACAAACAAAACAUUUAACGAGUAUUUCAAGUAUCCAACACCGUUACAACAAGGCUUACUCAUGGGAUCUACUCCUCUGGGUGGUAUCAUCGGAUGCUUUAUCUAUUGCAUAAUGAAUGAUAGAUUCAGUAGAAUUUAUCAAUUUCAAACGGGAAUAAUAAUAUGGAAUAUUGUUACGUUGCUAAACUUCUGCAUUUGGAAUAUAUUAGGCUUACUAAUUUGCCGGAUGAUCAAGGGUAUGAUCCUUGGAAACUUUUCGAUUCUAGUAGCUUCCUAUGCUAAUGAAGUUAUUCCUCGCGGUAAACGUGGUAGUACAAUGAGUUAUAUUCAGCUGUGUUUAACCAUCGGAAUUCUUGUUAUGCAUUAUUUGUGCAUAGCACUAAGUCUAUGGGAUUCUCAUUUUGCAUUCCGUAUAGCAUGGUGCAUAGGGAUUGUUCCCGGACUAGUGUUCUGGGUGGCUAGCUGUGCUCUACCUGAAUCGUAUCACUGGCUAGUACUACACGGGCAGAUGAGUGAAGCUCAGGAGAUUCAGCACAAUUUAGCCAAAAAAUUUAACGAGAGCCAGCCAAGAGAUGCAGUCCCUGAGAUGAGUAAGAUUGAAUUGGCCGGCGAUUUUUGGAUUGGAGUUAAUGAUUUGGAUUUCUCUAAAAAAUUACCCCGGGGUUCAUUGAAGCCUUUAAUUCUUGGAAUGACUUUACAGUUACUGGUUCAAUUUAGUGGUAUAAAUAUCAUCCUUGGUUAUAUCACGUAUAUUUGCGAGAUUGUGGGGCUUGAAGGCAAUGUAAAACUGUUCACAAGUUCUAUUCCAUACUUCAUUAACAUGGUUUUGAGCUUGCUACCGAUUACAUUCAUUGAUUACACAAGCAGAAAACUAAUCACUUUAUUGGGCGGUUUUCCCAUUAGUGGGCUGCUCAUUACAAUCGGUGCAUUAUUCAUCAAGUUUGGUCAAGACACCAAGCCUAUUGAUGGCAAUAAAAGUUUAGUUUGGUCGAUUGGGGAAAACCCGUUUGUGGGAGGAUGGAUUUUAACUUUAUGCUUUUUGAUUGUUGGGAUAUUUGCCAUGAGCCUUUCCAGUAUACCUUGGGUUUACACCAAUGAAAUGUUGCCGUCGCGGGUGAAAGUUAAAGGAUUUGCCAUUUGUGUAACAUUUGGAUGGUUGGGUAAUUUCAUAUUAACGUUUCUUUGCCCUGUGAUGAUUGAAACGUUAAAAGGCACAACAUUUAUAAUAUUUGGGUCUUUGACAUUCAUAAUAUCACUUGUCGUUUUGAUCUGGUUUCCAGAAACAAAGGGCAUGAGCAUAGAAGAUAUUGAUAAAUUCUUUGAAUUUGAGAACACCAAUUUGCAUGAGGAAAAGGGUAUCAAGACACCAGAUUCAAAUUCCAAUGUAGGCUCAACAAGAUCCUCCGAAGAAGGGCAAUUGCAUCAACCUAUAAAAUUGAAGAGUGAUGAAGAAAUGAUCAUAUGA